UAUAAUGUAAACAAAAGAAUAUAAAUAGUGAAUGGAACAUAAAAUGAAAAUAUAAAAUAAAAAACUAUUUGCAAAUAGAAGAAAUUAAACAAAAUAUACACAAAAUUUUGAAUCAUGUCUGGAGGGAACCAAACCUGUUGUUUGUGUAAUGAAAUCAUCAAUGAAUAUCAUGAAUUAUUUGGAAACAAUGAUAAAUCAAGUGCAGUUUUUGAUAUAGUAGAGACCUAUUUUCCAAAAGAGAUGUUGAUGUCAAAGAAUCCACUUGAAAACAGUAUUAUAUGUUUAAAAUGUUGGAAUACCAUAGUCGAUUUUCACGAGUUCCGAAGAAAUAUUUAUAAUGCUCACGAUAAUUUUAAAUUUAAAAAUGAUUAUAUUUUCCAUACUAAAAGUGAACAUAUUACUGAAGAUUUUGUCAAUACGAUUGGCGGUUCUAACGAAGAUCAAAUUGAAUACAAAACUUUAACCAUUAAAGAUGAAAGUGUUAUAAAUCAGUCUGCAAUCGAUGAUGUAACAUUUAAUUUGUAUGAAAUCGUAGAAACAGUUGAGUCCAGUAGCAUACAGGAUACAAAUUCUAAAGUAUCAAGUCUAAAUAAAAAGGAAGAAAUAGAAGAUUAUAUUGCCAAGUACAUGCCAAAAUUGGAGUGUCAUAAAUGUUUCAAAAUAUUUUAUACAUAUUCUUUAUUGCGGGCACAUUUUAAAGAAGUACAUCCAAGACUUCAAUUUUAUGUUACUUGUUGUGAAAAGAAGUUUUCAAUACGUUCUUCGCUGGUGCAUCACAUACAUCUUCACAUUAAUCCUGACCUUUAUAAAUGCAAUAUUUGUGGGGAGCGAAAAACAACCCAAAGAUAUUUAGACAAUCACAUACAGAGGGUGCAUAAAAACUCAAAAGAUUCUUUAUUAAAUAAGAAUAAAAUCCAUGAUAUAAAGGAAUCUCGCUUGGAAAAAAUAGAAGAACUAGACAGUUUCAUUAGUAAAAACAUGCCGAUACUUAAAUGUUAUCAGUGUCGUCAGACCUUUAAAAAAUUCACUUUAUUGCGAAAACAUUUUAAACAACGACAUACAAAGCUGCGCUUUUAUGUAAAUUGCUGUGAAAGGAAAAUUACCCAACGUGUAGCCCUGGCGCAGCAUUUACGACGUUUACACGUUGGUGAGCAUAAAACAGAACAACAAACUUUAGAAGUACCUAAAAAGCGUAAUAAAGAGCCUAAAAAAGAGCAAAGUAUUCCCUGUCCACAUUGCAACUACAAAUAUGCCACAAUAAGUGAUUUGAACCACCAUAUUACACUUACUCACAAUGCAGAGCUGAAGGAUUAUGAGGCAAAACCUGCCGUUGUACAUGUACAAAAAAAUGUAAAGUCGAGAAAAAAACAAACCUGUAAAAUUUGUAAUAAAGUCCUUCGUGGUGUGGAUAAUUUGAAUAGACAUAAUGCAUCAAUGCAUCAUGAUGGUACCACCGAAUAUAUUUGUAGCAUAUGCGGUAAAGUGUCGUACUCUAAAACAGCCUUAAUGGCACAUAAAAGUAAUGUACACGAUAAAAUAAUAAAAAAGAAAUUUGAGUGUAGGGUGUGUGGAAAAGCAUUUAGUAAUUCACGAGAUGUGGGAUUGCAUAUGUUUAUACAUACAAAGGAAAAAGUGUUUAAAUGUCCAGAUUGUAAUAAGACAUUUACGAGACCUUCGAAUAUGUUAAAUCAUCGCAAACGUUGUCAUCCUGAGGAAUAUGAAAAACAUAGAAAAUCUACACCCAGAUUAAAGGUGGAUCCUGAAAAGAUUUCAAAGAUAAUUGUUUUGUAAUAAGGAUAUAAAAGUUUAAAACUAACAUGUUAGUAAUCUGGAUAAACCAUAGAAUAAAAACAAGUAAUAUUUCUAUAUUCGGCUGUGCCGAAUCUUAUAUACCCUUCA